UAUGCUUUCGCCGCCUCGGCCGUCUGCCUUCAGGGGUCGAGCUUUGUCUACUGGCGAGAGCGCUCUGAAGCUACUCGGGACAGCAUAGCUGGCCAUCUUAUCCCGACCACGUCUUGACAGCAACAUUUGCGCCAUUACCACCGGCCCACCCACCACCCACCACCCACCUCCGAUCCACGCCCUCUCCUCUUCAUCUCGCCCAGUCACCGCUCGAUUGACACAAUAUCGACCAGCUGUCACAUCGUUGGCAGCACGCCAGCACGCCCACGAUGCAGCGACCCCAGGCAUACGGCCAGUCGCCGCCUCUCCACCACCCCGUACCUCAACAUGUCUCGACCGUGCCUCAGCUGCGAUCACCACCUCCGCCUCCACCAACAGGCUCUCAGCCCCAGUCGCAGAAUUACGGGAACCCCUACCAGGCCCAACAAGGGCCCCCCAACGGCGGCAACCUCGGCCAGUACGGCAACUUCAUGAACGAUCCCACGGCUCAGUUCGCAGCCCAGUUUGGCCAGAGUGCCUUCAAGCACGGGCAAGAAUAUCUCGAGCAGAAUGUCAACCGCUACUUUAACUAUCCUGCCCUCAAGCACUACUUCAAUGUCACCAACAGCUAUGUAAUAAACAAGCUCUUCCUCGUCCUCUUUCCUUGGAGGCACAAGCCCUGGUCGCGCAAGCAGGCGGUCGGCCCCAACGGCCAGGAGGGAUGGUACCUCCCGCCCCGAGACGACGUCAACAGCCCGGACAUGUACAUCCCUGUCAUGUCUAUCGUGACCUACAUACUCCUCUCCACGCUCAUCGCCGGUCUACGUGGCCAGUUCCAGCCCGAACUGCUUGGCUCGAAAGCCGCGACCGGCUUGAUCGUGGUCAUGGCCGAGAUCGCCGGCCUGAAGGUCGGCUCCUACAUACUCAGCAUCUCCAACUCGUCGCAGCUGCUCGAUCUGGUCGCGUACUCGGGCUACAAGUUCGUGGGGAUCAUUGUUACAAUCGCAGUGGCUGAGAUUGCCAACGGUGGCAAGGGCACCGGCGGGUGGGUCGGCUGGAGCGUCUUCAUCUACACAUUCCUCGCGAACUCGCUCUUCCUCAUGCGCUCGCUCAAGUAUGUCCUCCUGCCAGAGAACAACGGUGACCACAGGGCUGGGAUGCAGACCGACUCAAGGGCAAAGAGGAGCCAGCGCACGCAGUUCCUGUUCAUUUACUCCUAUCUUGUACAGCUGUUCUUCAUGUGGAUUCUGUGUAGGGCUUAGGGAGAACUGGACAUCGGUUUGACUUUGACAUGACACAGCGGUCUUGUGGCAUGGGGGAGUUCGGAUAGGGCAUGGCGAAAAAGGGCGUGUACUUGGCUCAUUUGAUUUGCAACACCUGCAAAGUCCCAGCGUUGUUGGCUCAGCGGACGAAAUAAACUCGCCAAUAAAAAACAUUAAAGUG